AUGGGGCCUUUUCAUGCAUGGCGUGAAUAUGUGGAUCUAGAACAGGCUUUUAAAGAGGCGAAGGAAGUGAAUAGUUCGCACUACGAUAGCAGGAUUGUUCAGCAACGAGAUUUCCCGACAAUGUUUAUCGAGUGUCCCGAAUACCGAUGUGACGUGGCCCUGUCACCGACUACGGAUGAGCAUUUCCUGGCGGAGAGCGAUGCUGUCCUGCUCAACUUUGCGCCUCAGGUGCUCCGGUAUAAGAUGCCCAAACUCUCAGAGCGACUCAUCAAGAAUCUUCCACGACGAGUCAAGAUCUUCUUCUACGCCAUGGAGAGUCCGCUAAUGAUGACUCACUGGGACUACACGAUAAAAGACAUCCAGUAUCACUACACGAUGACUUAUCAGUCCGAAAGCGAUGUCUAUUUCCCGUACGGUCAGUACGUUCCCGGAAAACCGAUGGACACCGAGGUAAUCAACUACGCGGAGAACAAGACAGGUCUUUUGGUCUGGACGGCCAGCAAUUGCAACAACACAUUUUGGCCGCGGUUAGGUUGGGUGCGGAACCUGGAGAAGCUCCUGGAUUUCGAUACCUACGGUAAAUGCGGCAAGCUGACAUGCCUCCCGCCGUUGUCCCCAAUCUGUACCAAGCAACAAAGAGUGUACAAGUUCAACCUCGCGCUCGAAAAUGCUCCUUGUGAUGAGUAUGUCAGCGAGAAGGUCUGGACAAACAGUCUCAUGAGCGGUCUUGUACCCGUAGUCUACGGUGGCAGACGCGAAGCUUACGAGCGCGUCCUUCCUCCGAAUUCUUUCGUCCACGUCAGCGACUUUGCCUCUCAGCAGGAGCUCGUUGACUACCUUAAGAUGAUCGAUAAGAACGAUAACCUGUACAACGAGUUCUUCGCCUGGCGGAGAGAGGGUCGGGUGGAGCAGGUCUAUCCAGAUCUGUACCCGGAAUCUUUCUGUCGGGUGCUUCCGAAGCUGUCAAAGUACAGCUCACCUCCGGUCAAGAGAAUUGGAGAUUCCAAAUACUUUCAAUCGUGCCGAGGAGAUAUCAAUGGAAACUUCACCGAACAAGGAGAUAUUCAUAAUUGGAGCCCUUGGAGAUAG